UCCUCAAACUCUAUUACCCCUAAUUGGUUUUGUUUUUAUUCAAAUUUUGUUAUCAUUUUUCAUGUUUUCGGAAAACAAAACAUUGAAUUCUUUGAAAACACGGAUUAUUUUCAUUUCAUAAAUUCGAAAAUAACUUUUUGGUAUUUGUUAAAAAGUGUUUUGCUAAACAGUUUUCAUAAACAACUCGUUUUUAUAUGUUUUGCUCAAAAGCACAAUUAUGGAAGAGAUGAUCUACUGCUUACAUCCAUCACUGCUUGUUGAAUAAUCCACGGGUGGGUUAGCCACAAUUUUAAAAUUUGCCUACAUUUGUCAACUCUGUGUAUAUUACAAGUAAAAGAGAUCCACAUUCAUGCCUUAUUUGCUGUUGUUGAGAGCCUCUCUUUCAGUUGGAUAGUUUGACCUGUAACUUGCUUGAGAACUAUAUAAGAGCUUCCCAAGUGAUUCUAUUCUUCAAGAAAGAGUUGUGCACUUGAAACAUUACUUGCCUUCCCUCCUUAGCUUGCUUCCAUUCACUUUGUCAUGUUGAAUUGAAUAGUCCUUUUCAAUGGCUCAUAACGCGGAUAAGGAACUGGAAACAAAAGAGAUGGCCACUAGAAGCUUGUCGUCCGCACAAUGUCAGGUGCAGAACUCAACAUACAUUCACAAAGUGGGGGUUCCCCCAAAGCAAAAGUUUUUCAACGAGUUCACAAGCGCUGUGAAAGAGACGUUCUUUGCGGAUGAUCCUCUACGUCACUUCAAGGAUCAAACCAAGUCUCGGAAAAUCAUCCUUGGCAUGCAAGCGGUCUUCCCCAUUCUUGAGUGGGCGCAAAGUUACAAUUUAUCAAAAUUUAGAGGGGAUCUUAUUGCUGGGUUAACCAUUGCAAGUCUCUGCAUUCCUCAGGAUAUCGGGUAUUCCAAGCUUGCAAAUUUGCAACCCCAAUAUGGGUUGUACUCGAGUUUUGUUCCACCAUUGAUUUACGCCUUUAUGGGUAGUUCACGAGAUAUAGCAAUAGGACCGGUGGCUGUUGUGUCUCUCCUGUUGGGUACUUUGCUUCAGAAUGAGAUCGAUCCUACUAAAAAUGCAGCUGAAUAUCUGCGUCUUGCAUUUACAGCUACAUUUUUCGCUGGGAUCACCCAAGCAGCCCUUGGAUUUCUCAGAUUGGGGUUUUUAAUUGACUUCCUAUCCCAUGCUGCUGUUGUUGGUUUUAUGGCCGGUGCUGCCAUUACAAUUGCACUGCAACAACUUAAAGGUUUUCUUGGCAUCAAGAAAUUCACCAAGAAAACCGAUAUUAUUUCUGUGAUGCAUUCAGUUUUUGGCUCAGCCCAUCAUGGAUGGAACUGGCAGACUAUACUCAUUGGAGCUACCUUUUUGGCUUUCCUUCUAUUUGCUAAGUACAUUGGGAAGAAGAACAAGAAAUUGUUCUGGGUACCUGCAAUCGCUCCACUCAUCUCUGUCAUCCUAUCCACCUUUUUUGUGUUCAUAACUCAUGCCGAAAAGCAAGGUGUUCAAAUUGUGAACCAUAUAGAAAAAGGAAUCAAUCCUGUAUCCGUGAAUCAAAUAUAUUUCACUGGUGACAAUCUCCUUAAAGGGUUUAGGAUUGGUGUUGUGACUGGCGUGAUAGCGUUAACGGAAGCAGUAGCGAUUGGAAGGACUUUUGCAGCCAUGAAGGACUAUCAACUCGAUGGGAACAAAGAAAUGGUUGCAAUAGGAGUGAUGAAUAUUGUUGGCUCGAUGACCUCAUGCUAUGUUGCAACAGGUUCCUUCUCUCGCUCGGCAGUGAAUUACAUGUCUGGCUGCCAAACUGCAGUUUCUAACAUCGUAAUGUCUUUUAUUGUAUUCCUAACCUUGAAAUUCAUUACACCACUUUUUAAGUACACCCCAAAUGCCAUUCUUUCGUCGAUCAUUAUAUCCGCUGUCAUUGGCCUAAUUGACUUCAAGGCUGCAAUUUUGAUAUGGAAGAUUGAUAAAUUUGACUUCAUUGCUUGCAUGGGAGCCUUUUUUGGUGUGGUUUUCGCCUCUGUUGAGAUAGGUCUCUUGGUUGCAGUCUCAAUAUCCUUUGCUAAAAUCCUCUUACAAGUCACAAGGCCACGGACAGCGAUUCUUGGGAGGAUUCCUAUGACAAAUGUUUACCGGAACAUACAACAAUAUCCGGAAGCAACUAAGGUUCCGGGUGUUUUGAUUGUGAGAGUUGAUUCUGCAAUCUACUUUUCGAACUCCAACUAUAUCAAGGAAAGGAUGUUGAGAUGGUUGACUGAUGAGGAAGAGCUAUUGAAAGCUGCAUAUCUACCAAAAAUCCAAUUCUUGAUCGUUGAGAUGUCACCCGUUAUUGACAUCGACACCAGUGGCAUCCAGGCCUUAGAAGAGUUACAUCAGAGUCUCCAUAAGAGAGAUGUUCGGCUUGUGUUGGCAAAUCCGGGGCAAGUGGUGCUUGACAAGCUACACACGUCCAAUUUUGCAAGUUUGAUCGGUGAGGACAAGAUCUUCCUCACGGUAGCAGAUGCUGUUGUGACCUGUUCACCAAAAUCUGAGGAUGAGGUUUGAGAUGUGAAAUGAAAAGGGCAAGAACUGUACAAGAGAAAAUGCGGGUAAGAAAAAUAAAAAAAUGGAGCAUAGGCAUAUAUAUAAUGUGAAAGAAGAGGAGGGUUGGGUCAAGUUGAGUAGUGGCUGGUGGGUUUGACAUAAAAGUUGUUGAAGAGUGGGGUGUAGAGAUCAUAAUCCACAAGAAAAAGGGUAACAAUGCAUAUCUUCAUAGAGCUUAUGUCAUUUUCCAAAAACAAUAUGUAACUUAAAGGAGAUAUGUCCAACUUCACCUGUGUGUAUGUUUUGUUGUUUCUUGUUUUCAUACACCAGAUGCAAGUUCAAAAGUGAUGGUGUAACAACAGAUGAGAUAAUUGAUGACAAAGGGUUAUUGGGAAGUUGUGGAAGGAAUACUUUUAGUUUGUGUGUUUAGAUUAUUAGUUUUUAACUUGUCAGAAACUGCACCAUAGUGCAAAUUUAAUUUAUUUUCUUAUUUUA